CCGGAAGAACACCAAGUAGCACCCCCUUUCUGCGGUGCAGUCAGACAUAGUGCCGAUGUUUACCUUUUAGUACAGGAUGUCCGCUGAAAGCCUGGAGGAGAGGAGCUUGGAGGUGCUGGCCCCGCCUGAAGAGGUGGACGAGGAGCUGCUGUACCUCUACUUUGAGAACAAGCGGCGCUCUGGUGGCGGCCCACUCGAAUCCGUGCAAAGGAAAGAUGGCCGUACUCUGCUGGUGUUUGAGGAGGCACAGGCUGCAACUAGGGUUCUGUCCAAAGGAGCCCACUCUCUUCACAAUGUGAAGCUGCAGGUGCGAAGGCCCCCCCUCAAAGACCCGUGCAGGCUGCUACUGCGAGGGAUCAACCCCAACACCAGCAUGGAGAUGGUCGAGCUGUACGUGGAGAACAUGAUGGACCUGAACGUGGGAGAGUACACGCUGUUUCCUUCCCCGGGGGGGGAUGUCAUCCUCAUUCAGCUCAGCCAGCCCAUUUCCACAGACUUCCAGGCUCUCAGCUCACAGAUCUCCAAACGAAAACUGGACGGGGCCGUGGUCUGUAUUGAACAGCUGAGUCAGACGGACUCGGUGCUGGUGGAGAACCUUCCCCCCGGCUCCAACCAGGACCUGCUGACCUUGUACUUUGAGAGUGAGCGAGGUGGGGGCCAGAGGGUGAAGGAUGUCAAUAUGCUGUCAGAGGCUGCAGCAAAGGUGUCCUUUGUGAACUUUGAGUCUGUGGACCUCGUCCUGGGUCGGCCACACAAACUGGACAACACUGAGCUUGCAGUGAAGGCCUGCUUCGACUUUCUCCAGCCACCAGAGAGUUUAACGCCGCGUGACUCUGAAACCGAGCAGCAGGGUGUCACGAGAUCGGAAAACCAUGUUCAGAUGCAGACCAGUUCCUCUACACCUAAUCGUGACGACACUGCCCGAGUCCAACCUUCAGACGCCACGCGGGAAGCUGCGGAGGCACGCCACACCUCCAGGGCGGCACCAUCAGAAGAAAACAUGGACGUUCAAAGCGUGGAAGCAGAAGCAGUCCAGCUCCAUGUACCCAUCACAGAUGCAGCUAAGCUGGCUCUGUUUGUCUACAGCGCCUUUCAGAAGGACUUCCAGAAGGCCAAUCCAAGCGUAGAUGUUCAGGUUAAAGAUGGCGGCGUCCUCAUUGCAGGAGCUGACAGACUUCAGGUGGAGCAGCUGAGACGGACGCUCUUGGACUUUCUUAGCAGCAUGGUGGAAGCUUGUUUCUCUGUUGAUCUUGUGGAGGCCGAGUUCUUCUCCAGAAAAGACGUUGAGGAACAUCUGCUGACAGCCAUCAGGGACAGUGGCACCCCCGCCGUGUACUCCGUGUGGGGCUCCAGCCUGACCUUGACGGCGCUGUCUGCGGACGCGGCCGCCACUGCGUCCAGCUUUUUAAAGUCCCAGGCAGGCCGCGUCAGCAUCCCCCUGAGCCCGGAUCAGGAGUUCAUGCUGCAGCUGAGGGAGUGGUUGGAGCUGCUGCAGACUCUGAGCUUCACCUCUGUGAAGAUGUCCGAUAGAGGAGGACACCUGGACGUUCUGACUCUGAAAGGAAAGGAGAGGCAGAUGGAGCAUGUCAUCCUGCAGUUCCUGUCCUCCCCCAUCGAACGGGUCAUCACCAUGAAGCCGGGCAUGCUGAAGUACAUCCAGAACCACAGCCAUCAGCUGCUGGCUGACAUGAGCCAGGUGUCCAUUAUUCCCUCAGAGGCUCAAGAUGUUUGUGAACUGAAGAUCCAAGGUCCUGCAGUUCCUUGCCUAAUGACAGAGGAAGUCCUGCAAGAUUUGGUCUCCUCCAUCUGCACCAGGACCAUCACAGUGGAUGCUCCAGGAGUGACCCGCUUCUUAGAAGAAAAGGAAUGCAGGAGCAUUUUGAACGAGAUGGAGUCCAAGUUUGCGGUCUACAUCUGCCCAAAGUAUGUGCCCUGGAGGAACCUACCCCACCAGGAUAUUUUUGAGACUGCUUGGAGGAUGAUGUCUCAGAAGAGUCUCCCGAAGAUGUCUGAGGAUGCAAAGCAAACUGGCCUAAAGGAAGAGAUGGAGAGGAGCGUUUCAUCCACGAGUGCAAAGAGAAGGAAGCCGGUGGAGCAAGCAGACCAGCUCAGAGACCUGGAGAACGUGGAUCUGUACUCCGACCCCAGCAGCUUGUCGGAUCAGAACUCUGACACUCUCCUUGGAGCUCCUGAGUCCUUUGCAGAUCGAAAUGGAGCCAGUGCAGCUUUUCUGCUGUCAGGUGGAGAACAUCUGGAGGAGGCACAGCUUUCUCUAGCCAUCCAGUACUCCAUGGAAGCAGAGCAGUCCACGAAAACUGAAGAGGAUCAGCUUCGGAAAGCUUUGGAACUGUCUAAAACAAUAAUCCAGGAUGAGGCCUCCUCCGGGGCAACAAAGACCAUUUCCGGCUCAGACAAACAGACCAAAGCAAACAUCUCCUUACAGGAAGAAAUCCAGGCGGCCAACACCCUCCAGCUGGAGGUGUUUGCAGGUUAUACCUCCGACCUGAUUCGGGUGGACAUUGCCUUCAAAAAGAAGGUUUCCCAACGACAGGUGGAGGAGAAGGUGGCGCACAAGACCGUCCCAAACAUGUCCGACUACUACAAGACCUGUUUGGAGAUGAUCAAGCGGAAGCAUGCCGUUGCAGCUGACGUUCAGGGGACCACCAUUACUAUUUCAGGGUUUCAGGACUACGUGACGGGGGCCAUGUGGGACGUAAAGCUGCUGCUGGAAAAACUCUCCAACUUCAUAUCUGACAGGGCAAUCCUCAAAGCGGUCCAAUGGGUGCAGCAUGAUCCAGCGUCACCGGACACCAUCCCUUACUCUGACGAUGCCGCUGUGUUCAUGGAGAAGGCCUGGAGGAUGAAGCUCAAAACGAUCGACGUCCUGUUUGACAACCAGCCCCACAGCAUUAACUUUGAGAAGAUGGAAGAACACAACAUAGCUUCAGGAAAGUCUGUGAAAAUAUCCAGGAAGUUACUGGAGUUGGGAGAUUUGUUCCAGGGAGUUCUAGAGGAGGAGUACUCCCUGCUGUCCAACCUGCCUGAUGCCACCAAAAUCACAGAGGAUUCUGAGGAGUUUCAGAACGUGGUGACCAACUUUUAUUCCACCAUUUACGAGCACCACAGCAAAAUCCGGAUCAUCCAGGUUGAGCGGCUCAUGAACCGUCUUUUGUACAAUCAGUACAAGCUGAAGAAGGCCAGCAUCCUGCAGCAGUCCACGCACCCUGUGGUGGAGCGGACGCUGUACCACGGCACGAGUGAGGGCAGCGUGAAGGAGAUCUGCGUUCACGGCUUCAACCGGAGCUUCUGCGGAAAGAACGCCACCGUCUACGGCCAGGGCGUUUAUUUUGCAGUCAACUCCUCCCUUUCGGUCCAGGAUCAGUACUCGCCCCCCAAUGCAGACCGGCACAAAUUCAUUUUUGUGUCCAAGGUCCUGACGGGAGACUUCACCAAAGGCUGCCAUUCAAUGAAGACGGCGCCGCUAAAGGAGACCGGCGCCAUUCCCCUCAGAUACGACAGCGUAACCGACGACAUCAAGAAGCCCACCAUUUUCGUCAUUUUCAACGACACACAAGCUUUUCCAGAAUAUCUCAUAACAUGUCAGAGAAUUAGCCGCUGACGAGCCAGCCGCAUGUUUGCACUUUUACCUUGAUGAGAUUGAAAAGCCUGAUGUCAGAGGGCGGCGGUUCAUGAACCCCUCCCCCGGUACUGACGGGUUUCUUCUCAUUGAGCACUAUAUGAAUUGAACUAUAUUGAAAACUCAUCCUGGUUCCAGUAUUAGAUUACUUUAUCCGCAUCAGAAAUAACAGAAAAAAGUCCAGAAUUCCUACGUUUGAAGGACUUUGAAUGCAUCUAAAGCUGUUUGGAGGCAGUGAAGGGGGCAGGGGUCACCAAGACCACAGCAGACAAGUUCUUCACACUUAAUAUUUAUUUCUAUGUCAACAUUUUUUGUUGUUGAUGUUUGUGAACAUUAUAAAUAAACCACAGUGUCUGUUUUAUUUCUAACUUCAUGUUUUAGUCCAAUAAGGUUGAACAUUUUGGCAAAUGAGUUCCUUGUGGGUUUUUUCAUUCAUUCAUUCUUUUUUUUUUUUUUCUAAAUAAAAUAAUUUUAAAAAAA